AUGCCGCACAACGUCUCCUACUCGAGCACCGGGUUCACCACAUCGACAAACGGUUCGCAAAACUCGCUGAACAUGUCGGUGCCCUCACCGGCAGGUUCUAGUAUAAGCUCGUCAACAGCCGGCCCGCAGUCACCGUUCGUUUUGCCCCUGGCCGAGACACCACCACCGGCCUACUCGCCCCGCGAUGACAACGCUAUGAGUAGCGACAACUCGAUGGACACGACGGAUAUGCCGCCCGAUGUGCAACAGAUUGCAUACCAGGAGCCGCAGUUCUGGUGCUCUAUAGCCUACUACGAGCUGAACUCGAGGGUCGGGGAGGUAUUCCACGCGCAGACCAACUCCAUAGUGAUCGACGGCUUCACCGAUCCGUCCAAUAAUAACAAUCGCUUCUGUUUGGGGCUCCUGUCG